AAAUUUACCCCAGAGUGACAGGGGCAGGUGGGCGCAGGGCGGCUCGCCACUUGUGCGAAGCAUCACGCAACCAUAGGUCAAAAUCGAUAAGGGAAAAAGGACCCACUCCUCGGCGAGGAAACAGAUCGAAGCAAGCUCAGCCCGAAGAGGGGGCUUUCUCUUCAAAGCCAGCUGGUCUGGCUUUUUUCUUCAGGAUUUUUUUUUUUUUUACCUGUCAUCCGUUUGAUCAUCCGAACCCUCAGCAGGUGCUGCAGGGCGUAGAUACUGGGGAAGAGGACGCUGGGUGUCAAAAGAAGUUGGAGCCUUUAAAGUAACUUUAAAUCGCCUUCAAGGGGGGAAACGUCGAGGUCGAGAACGCAGCGUUUACAAGGUUUGUGCGCAGGAACAGAUGCAAGAAUCUGUGAAUUGAAUUGAACUGAACUGAGUGAGGAUUGAGCAGAAAGAACUGGUCUUGAGAAAACAGGAGUGAGUUAACGUCAAAAGUACAGGACUUCUAGGACAGGAGAGAAGAGGGAGAAGUAUGGGGAGAAAAAAGAUUCAGAUCACGCGGAUUAUGGAUGAACGAAACAGACAGGUGACAUUUACAAAGAGGAAGUUUGGGUUAAUGAAGAAGGCCUAUGAGCUAAGUGUUCUGUGCGACUGUGAGAUUGCUCUAAUCAUCUUUAACAGCACAAACAAAUUGUUCCAGUAUGCCAGCACUGAUAUGGACAAAGUGCUUCUGAAAUAUACAGAGUACAACGAGCCGCAUGAGAGUCGAACAAAUUCAGAUAUUGUCGAGACGUUGAGAAAGAAGGGACUAAAUGGCUGUGACAGCCCAGACCCAGAAGCAGACGAUUCAGUGGGUCACAGCCCUGAGUCUGACGAGAAGUGCAGAAAAAUAAAUGAAGAUAUUGAUCUAAUGAUCAGCAGGCAAAGAUUGUGUGCUGUUCCACCACCGAACUUUGAGAUGCCAGUUUCGAUCCCUGUGUCCAACCAGAACAACCUGGUCUACAGUAAUCCAGGCUCCCUGGGCAACCACAACCUAAUGCCAAUGGCUCACCCCUCUAUGCAGAGGAACAGCAUGUCUCCUGGAGUAACACAGAGGCCACCGAGUGCAGGAAACGCAGGUGGCCUCUUGGGUGGGGACCUCACAACAACUGGUGCAGGCACCAGUGCAGAAAGAAAAAGUAUAUUUGCAUCUUAUUGUCUUGACCAAAUGAUCGUCCAGAUUAAUGGAAACGGAUAUGGGAAUCCCCGCAAUUCGCCAGGUUUGCUGGUCUCGCCUGGCAGCAUGAAGAAUAUGUCAGCCAAGUCACCCCCUCCAAUGAACUUGGGCAUGAACAACCGUAAGCCUGAUCUCCGUGUUCUCAUCCCACCAGGCCCAAAGAACACCAUGCCGUCAGUGAACCAGAGGAUAAACAACUCGCAAGGUGCACAGUCACUGGCUACACCGGUGGUUUCCGUGGCAACCCCUACUUUGCCUGGGCAAGGGAUGGGAGGGUACCCUUCAGCCAUUUCCACCACAUAUGGUACUGAAUAUUCGCUUGCUAGUGCUGACUUGUCAUCUCUUUCUGGGUUUAACACCGGAGCCCUCCACCUGGGCUCAGUAACUGGAUGGCAGCAACAUCAGCUACAGAAUAUGCAACACUCAGCUCUAAGCCAGCUGGGAGUUUGCACUAGCACUCACUUAUCUCAGAGUACAAAUCUCUCCCUGCCUUCUACUCAAAGCCUCAACAUCAAGUCAGAACCUGUUUCUCCUCCUAGAGACCGCACCCACACGCCCUCGGGAUACCCACAGCACUCGCGGCACGAGGCAGGGCGCUCGCCUGUGGAUAGUCUGAGCAGCUGCAGCAGUUCCUACGACGGGAGCGACCGUGAGGAUCACCGGAAUGACUUCCACUCCCCCAUCGGACUCACAAGGCCUUCGCCAGACGAAAGGGAAAGCCCGUCUGUCAAACGGAUGAGGCUGUCUGAAGGAUGGGCGACAUGAUAAGAUUCUCCAAUAAUUGUUUUUCUUGCAGUGUGUGUGUGCUCUACAUUACAGGGGAAAAGGGGGGGGUUGGGGGGGAGGGAGGGUUCUACAUUAUAUGUACCGUGUGUGGAAAAUAAGUCAGGUACUCUGUUUUGUAAAAGUACUUUUAACUUGCCUCAGUGAUAUAAGGUAAACGUAAAAUGCUGAGAUUACAGUUUAGCACUUGAGUUGUACAAAAAAAAACUUGUACAAUGUAGAUUUUACCGCUAACUCUUUUUCAUUGCUGUGCUCCCUUGCAAAAUGUAUGUUACAAUAGAUAGUGUCAUGUUGCAGGUUCAACGUAUUUACAUGUAAAUAGCAGAUUAAAAGGAAACGUUUGCCAGAACUGGCAGAUCUUUGCCGAGAAAGAAAGAGCAGCUGUGUUAUGCAACAAAAACAAAAAAAGAAUCUAUAUAUAUAUAAAUAUAGUUGACAGGCCCAGGAAUAUGGGUGACCGUUCUCAAAAAAAAUGAAGUUGGUUGGAUGGCUGACACCUCCAUACAUAGUAGCAACACAAAAGGCACAUCGGUGGAGUAUGGAACUUAGUAAAUGAAUCAAAGUCAUUUGAAAGAGACCAUACUAUGAGAGCAAUGGAAAGUGUUAAUAGGUGGAAAAAGUCUGAGAUCUGGGUCUGUUUAACAUUUUAAGUGGGGGAAAAAAAGAUGUACAUUACAUUUUGCUUAUAUUUUCAUAUGAAAGCAAAGAAAAAAUGUUUGCAAAGCAUUUGUGGCUUUUUGUAGUUUACUUAAGCCAAAAUGUUUUUUUUUCUGAUAGCUUCGCUGGUAUUUUAAACAGUCCUGAAAAAAAUAAUGGAAUUGGGCUUUUCGUAUGGAAGCACUACCCUAAAGCCAUGAAAAAAAACUCCAUGCUUUGCUAACCAAGAUAACUGUUUUCUCUUUGUAGAGUUUUGUUUUUGAAAUGUGUAUUUCUAAUUAUAUAAAAAUAAUAUUAAGAAAAUCUUUUAAAAUCUGUGAAAUUAACAUGCUUGUGUAUAGCUUUCUAAUAUAUAUUAAUUAUGGUCAUAGCAAACAUUGUUUUGGUUAUCUUAUUAGUGGGGGGGAGUAUUUGUGCAGAUGCACGUUUCAGUAACUAAAGGGAGUGAAAUUGUCCUUGCUGCUAAGUGUAGCGACGAUAUGCGAGAAUAUUGGGAAAGAACCCAUGACAAGUAUACUUUGGCAAAAUCGUCUCACAUAGUGGAAAGAGAAAUUUCUCACCCUAAAAUCUUUAAAUCUCUUCUGCACACGUUUUUGCAGAAUCAGAGUUGGCUGUGUUCAGUAUAAAGAGGUUAACCAGUUGGGAGGACUGGAUUGGUAUGUAUUUUAGAGUUUGCUACUGUUUAGGAAUAAUAUCAUGGAAAGGAGUGGGACUGCCUGGCAUUUUCAGCACCUGGGGGAAGUUUCAGAAGCAUCUCGGUCACUAUUUUGCUACAGUACGUCUCAUUUGUAGUUGCAUUGCCAUGAAACUCCAAUCUGUACUAAACCUGACUUACUUUGAAAAGUUGUUUGAAUUUGGGUGGUCUCCAAACAGAAUUUAUGAGUCUCAACAAUUACUAGCAAAUAUCUUACACCAUUGUUUCAUUUAAAUUUUUUUUUUUUAAUUGCUUUUAACUUCUCUGUAUUCUGAUACUUCUCCACCCUCCCACUCCCUUCCUUGGGUGCCCAGACACAACUUGAUGAAGAUGCAUUUGAGAUGCACACAUGACAUGUGCUCACUCAGAUUUAAAACUGUUCCCCUUGUACACCAUAGUGUUAAAGGUUAAUUCAUUGUCAAUGCUUCAAUACAAGAGGACUGUUUGUAAUAGCAUGAUUAUGUGGUUUUAAAAGGCAGGUAUCCACUCAGUAGGUAAAAGGAAAGGAAUGGCAGGCAGCCACAAUCUCCGAACACUAUUUUAAUUCAGCAUUUUUUUGCAAAAAAGGUAAAAGAUCAAUUUUAUUGUAGACCGAGCAAGUAGCAAAAAUUGUGUUAACAGCAGUUCAUAUCCACAAUUUUGUUUUUUUUUAAAGUGAGAAGCACAAGUUCAUUCACAUGGGUCACUGCUUUCUUUACCUUCGAUCUCUACUUUGCUGUUAUCCAAGUGUUCUAGUUUUGCUGUAUGUUUGACCACAGUGCUAAUUCUUGUUCAGCAAUUAAUUUCUGUGGUGUUAAGAAAUACGGGGCAGCGCCCCAUGUAUAUUAUCAUUUACUCACACAGCUCAUUGGCUAACAGAUUUAGGCAAUGUUCUUUACUGCGACACAAAAGGUCAGUGGCAUUUUCUUAGGGGCACUUAAGUUAUUUUUUUCAUGAACAUCAAAAAGGCUUGUUACUAUUUCUGCGCAGAGUGAGAGCAAAGUAAUUUACUGAUAUCUUGAUGUUUGCAUUGCUUUACUGCUGCCAGUAACUUGAGUUGACAUAUCAGGGCUAGUAGAUGUCACACAGUAAGAGCUGAGAUAGUGAAAAUAUCAGCAAACCAGAUCAGCUUUGACAGAAUAUUCUGCAAAAUCCACUAUUCUACCUCUAAAAGAGUUUUAUGAUAAGUGGGGCUAGUCUGUAAUUUUAUGUUGCUCCAAUGAAAUAUUUUCAAAGGCCCUUGCAAAACGGUCACACCAUCAAAACAUAUUGCAUUCUGGAAGAGUAUUCUUCAGAAGAAAGUCAGCUAGACGAAUAGAAUUCAAAAUGUAAUAACUUUUUUUAUAUUAAAGUUUAUUUUUAAGUUUGAUAAAAUAUAUAUUUAGUUGCUCUUUAAAAUAGUCUUUUUUGACAUGGAAACAUUGAGUAAGAAAUAGAUUUACACCUGUAACACCACUUAUCAACCUUCAUAAAAUCUACUCUUGAAGAUCUGGUUUUAUGAGAAACACCUUUAUUUUCACCAAUUAAAAACAAGUGUUCCUGAAAGCCACGUUGUUGCUCAAAAAAGACUAUUGCCUAAAAAAAAGUGCUUCGACUCUUCUUGUUUGUGCCAUCUGCUGUGUAUAAUGUGACAUUUUUCACCUGAUGCUGGUUUCCUGCCACUACAGAGUUCUGGAAAGACUGAAUAAGUAAUGUUUAUUAAGAAUGCUUCGAAAUGUAGGUUAUGGUAAAGGCUUUUGUUAAUAUUUUAACCAAAGAUGUGGAGCAAUCCAGGUUUUAGCCACAGUUUUUGCAAAUAUGCUUCUCUAAGCUUUCUCUGUUUUUAAUAUUUUAGUUCAAGUAAUAUAUAUAUAUACUGUAUAUAUAUAUUGCUUUCCCUGUUCAUACCUCAAAUUUGUCCAUACCUCAAAACAGUUUAAAGAGGUCAGUUCACUAAGCAAUGAAAUACGGUACCAGUGCUCAAUAUGAAGGAACUGUUGUAAACUGCAGGCCUGGAUUGCUUUGGAAGGGACAAGUAUUAUUGAACUGAAACAGACUUGGAUUGCUCCAGCUGGUUUGCUGUUAUUUUUUUCUGAGGAUUUGUUUCCAUUAUACAAUAGUAAUAUGAAACGAUUGCUUGUGAAUGGGGGAAAUGUGGACGUUUGCAGCAAAAAUAAAGAGGCUCACAGCGGCAUAAGCUGGACUUUGUCGCCACUUGAUGACAAAAAGAUGUUAAUAACUAAGUUAAACUACAUCUAUGUAUCUCAAGGGACUUAAUUCAGCUGUCUGUAGUGAAAAUUUUUAUGGGAAAAAUUCAAGUUUCUCUCGCUGGAAAUAAGGUAUAAUUUGUAUUUUGCCGACAAAUCAGUAAAGUUACUGGCUUUCAUAGUGA